AUGGGUGUGGCAUUUAGACCCAAAAAUAUAUAAAUAGAUACACUUAUUAGAAUUGAAUUAGGAUUCUUAAGUUAUGAUUAAUUAAAUUGUUAAGUCUUUUAACUUGAAAUAGAUACACUUAUGCCUUCAUUAUCAUUUUCCCAUUAUUCCCAUGAUUCUUAAAACCUUUAUUUUUAUUCAAACAAAUACAAACCUGAUCAAAUUUAAUAUAAAUAUAGUGUCAAUUGCACUCGAAUUACAAUCUUAUAGACUACUAAUAAAAUAUUUAGAGUUAUAUAUGAAGAUAUGUAUCAUACAAUAAUCUAAUAUUUUCAAAUUCGUCAACCACCAAGGUUACCAACUGAUACCUAGACUUAAUAGGCUUCAUUAUAGAUUGUCAAAAAUAUAGAAUUGAUAUCUAAGAAAUUUAAUAAUCCUUUGGUUAGUAGUAUUAUAUCGAUAAAAAUUGUUCCUAUUUAUGGAAUUUAUAGAGUAUUAAUAGAAUUUCCAUCUUCUUACACUACAAAUAUAAUAAAAUGUGUAAUAAAUGAAACAUCCUCUGUAUUUUGUGAUUAGGAUUCUCUUAAUCCAAAAAGAUUAAUAGUUUAUUUAACAAAAUAUCAUGAUAGUGAACUAAUUAAAGAUCCAUUUAAUCUCACUGUUUAUGGGAUGAUUAAUCCAUUGGAAUUAAAUUAUAAUAGUCGAAUAUGUGUAAUUUUGGAUGAUGAUAACAUAUUGACACCUUUACUGUUUGGAAAUGAAGAUAAUUUAAAUGGGAUAACAUAAUUUGAAUAUCUUGAUGACUAUGUUAAUACAAAUAUUUACAAACAAUUAUCGACUAGUGAUUUUAGAUUUUCUCAAUCUUAAGCUAGGGCUUAUGAUUAAUA